AUGCAGUCUGAACAAUCCCAGAGACCGGAGUCGGCGCUUACAGCGCCGUCUAGUAACAGAACCAAUAGACUCACUCGAUUUAUCCAGAAAUCGGUCUCCUUGUUGAAGGCGAACAAGAGACCCGCGCCUUCCGCAGCCUUAUUAGCCUCAGAAGCGUCAGCAGUGCCUCCAGAGGAAAAUCCCAAUCCCGAGACACAAGAGAAAAAAGAGAAACAAGGCUACAUCUCGCCAAGAUACGUAAGAGAGCAGCGCAACUACACACUCACGGAAGCAGACUUGAAGAACCAUGUUGCCGCACUAGAGACUGCUCUAGGUGAUGGUUGGCCACGCCGACAUCACAGCCGGUAUCGCAAUGCGCAUGCACUUCUUGUGUGCUGGGCUGACAGCGACUCCGUGCAUCCAGCUGAGCCCUACUCCCCACCCCAAUCACUUGUAACCCCCGGUAGAUCCACGUUAAGUCAUGAGUUGAGUCCGGCCCAGGCAACUUCUAAAGUCGAUGUAAGAGGCUCAUCUGGCAUGGCUAGACACAACACGGGGCAGGGGCCAUUUGUCUCCGUCGCACACCAGCUUGCGGAUGUCUUUGAGAGCCGGUAUGGAAUUCAGGCACAGGUGUGGAAGGUUCCUUUGCUGGAUAAUGCUCAGGAGAUGCUCACGUGGAAGAUGAAACAUUUCGUUGAUGAAUAUGGUGGCCCGGACAACCUGUUGAUCUUCUGGUAUGGUGGGAUGGCUGAGUUGAGCAGUCCCAGAAGCACUGGCGAAAGUCCAGCGAGAAACAGUCUUAACGCUGGAGAGGUCAUCUGGUACGGCUCAAAGAGCAAGCCUGGAAUUACCGCGAGAACAGUAACCAAGGCUCUCAGGCUUGCCCGCGCAGAUGUGUUUAUGCUCAAUGACAGCCCGUUUGCACAGCAAGUAUACACAAGCCACAUAAACGACCCUCAAUCUUUCGAGCUUCUCGGUUCUGGCUCGACAGAUCCAAAUCGUUCUACCCCUUCAUUCACGCGAACGCUAGCACUGAUGUUAGAGUCACCCCAUCUAUCGUCCAAUGGUGUCUCGGUGCGACAACUCCACCGCAAGCUCCUCGAUAUCGCCGCUGAUCCGAUCUACCGAUCCCCGGCUACCGCAGCGAGAAUCCCAACAUACCCAGUGUACAUCCAGAUGGCACAGACAGCACCCAAUGAUCGUGAGGCAAAGAGAAGCAUUAUACUAUCUCGUCUUGAUACCUCUCUUGCUCCUGAGAUGAACUAUGCGAAGACUGUGGGUGAUCCAGGGGUUAAGAUUCAGUUCAAGCUUGCGAGACAGCAUCUUGAUGUGCGCCAGUGGAAAGAGUGGGUUUUGGCUGCGCCGACUGAAGCUCGUGAGGUUUCUGUGAAGGUCUGUGGUAAGGGAGACAAGUAG